GAGACGCCAGUGACGUUUACUCAAUUUGAAUUCAGGAAGCCUUGUAUUCGUUCAGUUGUACAAAUACAAAUUUAUUGAUAUGAGAGGUCAUUAUUUCGCAUGGAAGCGAAUUGGGACGUAAAUUUUAUUGAGACAAGGCAUUUGAAAACCUCUAUUGGACUGGAUGUGCUCCUAGGUUUUUCUUGCUGUAGACAUACAGUUUUCUUUCAUUGGAAGCGAAACCAAUAUUGACUAGGAGGAACAAUUUAAAGAAACACCAUGAGUGAACCACACAACGCCGCAUCCUGACUAGGAUGAACUACACCUUUGGUGCUAUGAGAGAACGAUCUGACCUCCGCCUGAACGUGGAGACAAACCCGUACGAAGUCCAAGACUAUCUGGCAAGCUUUAGGCGAUCGAAAAGCGCCAUGAUAGUCAAGGGUGCCAAUACGUCACGGUGGAGCUCACUGCCUACAAGGCCGAAGGCUCUCACAGCCCGUGAACCCAAGAAGGUCCCAACCUUGUUCAAAAGGUGUGACAACGACGAGGAUCAGGAAGCCUUCACAAUCAGCUUAGACGUCGUACGGUCUCCAUUCUCCGCAAGGACAAAUCCGAGCCAGCAGAAGGUCGGCAUCAGUGUUGAAUUUGACAGCCCCACAACGGCUUGUCCGACGAAGUAUUUCCCGUACAGGCGUUCGGGUUACUUGGAUCACAUCAUUAGACAAUCUCGGGUGAAUUCGGCUCGCGUUCUCAUGUGCGAUAACCCGGAUGUUUUGAGUGGCAUGAUGCCAUCUCAGCGGAUCAGAAGUGCUCAACCUGCGGUUGUCGCAGCAAGCAAAGUUGCGAUACCUGCGCGAGCGAAGACGGCCGAACCUGUCCGAGCGCCACCAUUGUCACGUCCGCGCAGACGACAAGAAAUGAAGCUACGGACAGUAGAAAUCAAGGAUUCUGGGAUUGCGGUCAAAACAAAGGAGUACACGACGGACACGAGGAAUGUUUAUUACACCAAACGACUACAGAAAGAAUUACCGAAAGAGACGGUCAAGGGGGUGAGAUUUGAUGGAGGAUUUCAGGAGGCCGUCAUAUCGCCCCGCCGCCAGGAAGUUUUGAAGGAACCAGAGCCGGAGGCGGAGAAACCAUUGCCGCCAAAACUAGAGGUGAAACCACGAGAUGACGUCAUCAUGGAGCACCAGCCAGCUAUGGACACCAGCGUCCCGAAAGAGACCAAUCACAUCCCAUUUAACAUUUACAGCGCGCAAAACGGGACGACACAACCGAUCGCCUCCAGGAAGAAUAAAGACAUUGAUGAUUAUGAUUACAAAACGGACAAAGUUUUAUCAUAUUAUCUCCAACAGGAGCGCAGACCAGGGACGGCGCAAUUUCAUUUUAAUGCUCAAUCAAAGUUAAAUACAGCAACCAAUCUUGGAAACAAAUCGGCGAGCAGGGGCAGGAUACGUUCACGAAGUCAAGGGAACGAAGGACAAGGACAAUUAGAGUUCGCACAACCAAAUCUUGGAGGAUUUUUGAAAAUUCACAAGCCACUGGUUCUGCAUCAACGAUCGGUUGAGGAGGACCAGGGAUCACGUGACAAUGACAUUGAUCAGCCGGAGAACACGCCUUGCGUCCCCGAGCAGAAAUCACAAAAACCUCCACAUCCGAUUUCGAACAAUACUCCAAGGCCCCCAAUCGAUCCAACAAACCUUUGUUUACUUUGCAACUGUUCGAAUACUGACAAUUGGAAAAUGGUCGACGCCAUGCUUUCACAAUCGUCUGCUCAAGAUUUGACUCUUCCCGCUCUGAACAAAACGAUGAAACAUUAGAGACGUUUAGAGACGUCGAGUUAUCUAUGUCGUCGCAUUCAGUUGUAGAAAAUAGAGAAAGACAAUCAUUAUUUCAUUUCGGGUGGCAUUUUUCGUCGGUGUCAUUGGUUUGAACACAGGGAUGGUUCCUAAUACGCCUCGCAAACGAGCGAUAUUCAUAAAAAUCGCUGCGACCAGCGAUUGUGAUUGCUGUUAUGUGCAAAAUAUCUCUCGUCUGCGGUAAAAUUGUUGGGUUCGAUACUCAUCGCUGGUCACGGUGAUCAGUGAUUCCUGUCGCAAGCAUUUGCAAUAACCACGACAAACGAUUUUUGUCGCAUACGAUGAUGAACACAGGUCGCAACCACUGGAAUUGCUCGCUUGCUGACCAGAAAUCCUUACCUACGCUCUCAACUGACAUAUCACCAGAAGUUUGAUCAAUACCCUCCGCCUCUCGAUAUUUCAAGAGUAGCAGUAAAAUAAACCCUGAAUCUCAGGAUGAACCGACAUGGACGAUCCCACACACUUGUCUCCGCAGACGAAUGUUGGUACAUACACUCAAGAACCACGUCGUCACCGUUUCGGGCCCGAGUUAGGUAUCCAUUUUAUGGUGUAAACAUUGUACUUUGUAAUUGGUUAGAAGAAAUAAAAUGA